CCGGAAGCAUCCGCUCAGGGCCGCCGAUCGGUGCUGCUGCGCCCGCUCGGACCAUGGCGACUGAGGCGAAGCGCCGGCGGGUGAGUGCCGAGGGCAGCCGGCGCGGGGCCCACCUCUCCGCCGCGCCCCACCCUCGCCCCGUCCCGGAGCGCCGUCCCUUGCGCGCCCCCUCCGCUCUCCCCGCAGCCCCUCACCUACCCCACUCCGGGCCCAUCCUCCCCGCGUACGCACGCGCUGUCAUCAUCUGCCGCCCCCAGCCGGCCUUCUGGGCGGGGCCUCGUCACGGCGCUUGUCUGUCUCAGGUGGUGGGGGCCGUGGGCGGCGAAGACCCAGACCCGGUGGCGGGCUUCUUGAGCUGGUGCCGGCGGGUGGGGGUGGAGCUGAGUCCCAAGGUGGCGGUGAGCCGGCAGGGGACGGUGGCCGGGUACGGCAUGGUGGCCCUGGAAAGCGUGCAGUGCGGGGAACUGCUGUUCGCAGUGCCGCGGGACGCACUUCUGUCACAGUACACCUGUUCCAUCAGCGGGCUGCUGGAGCGAGAGCAAGGAGCGCUGCAGAGCCAGUCAGGCUGGGUACCACUGCUGCUGGCGCUCCUCCACGAGCUGCAGGCCCCGGCCUCGCUCUGGAGCCCCUACUUCGCGCUCUGGCCUGAGCUGGGCCGCUUGGAGCACCCAAUGUUCUGGCCCGAGGUGGAGCGCCGGCGACUGCUGCAGGGUACGGGUGUACCCGAAGCCGUGGAGAAGGAUUUGACCAACAUCCGUGUGGAGUACCAUUCCAUAGUGCUGCCUUUCAUGGAAGCCCACCCCGAUCUCUUCAGCCCGCACGUUCGCUCCCUGGAACUCUACCACCAGCUCGUAGCUCUUGUGAUGGCCUACAGCUUUCAGGAACCACUAGAGGAAGAGGAUGAUGAAAAGGAGCCCAACUCCCCCUUGAUGGUGCCUGCUGCAGACAUACUAAACCACUUUUCUAAUCACAAUGCUCAUCUUGAAUACUCUCAGGAUUGUCUUCGAAUGGUGGCUACCCAGCCCAUUACUAAAGGCCAGGAGAUUUUCAACACAUAUGGGCAGAUGGCUAACUGGCAACUGAUUCAUAUGUACGGUUUUGCUGAACCAUAUCCUGAUAACACUGAUGACACAGCUGACAUUCAGAUGGUGACAGUUCGUGAAGCAGCAUUACAAGGAGCAAAAGUUGAAGCUGAGAGGCUCCUACUGCAUGAACGCUGGGAUUUCUUAUGCAAACUAGAGAUGGUAGGGGAAGAGGGAGCCUUUGUAAUUGGACGGAAGGAGGUGAUAACUGAAGAGGAGCUGGCCACUACACUUAAGGUACUGUGCAUGCCUGCAGAGGAGUUCCGGGAAUUUAAAGACCACAGUGAAUGGCAAGCUGUUAAUGGGGAAGAGCACAGCCUGACAAUCACGAACAUCCCCAAGCUCAAAGCAUCAUGGAAACAGCUUCUUCGGGACAGUGUUUUAUUGACCCUGCAAACCUAUGCCACAGACUUAAAAACUGAGCAAGAAUUACUUGACAAUGAGGAGGUCUAUGUCAAACUCAGCCGGAGGGAACAGCAGGCCUUACAGGUUCGCUAUGGUCAGAAGAUGAUUUUACAUCACUUGUUAGAACUGACAAGUUAGUAGGUUCCCUGUUGCCUAAAGGCAUGGAGAUAGGUAAGAACUUUUUAUUGUAAGCUGCUACUCAUUGAUGCUUGAAAGAGGGAAGAUCUGGAUCUUGCUAUUCUAUUAUUAUUAAAUACCAAAGGAAAAGUAGCAAAGAGUGUUGCGCUGGGAUUAACUCGGGUAAGGGUGACAUGUUUAAAGACGGGGAACAGCAGAUUGGGAAUCACUGCUAAUUAAUACUAAGAACAACAUCUUUUAUAGCUGUUUUCAUUCUUACUUUUAAAACUAAAGCCAGAAGAAGUGUGGUAGUACUAGGCCUUCUCAUUGUGUUCUAGUGCUUAAUAACAUGAACUCUGGAGGGAGACCUGGCUCAAAUCUGGGUCUACUUUGAGCAAGUCACUUCACCUUUUAAGUUUCCUUUCCCUGUUAGAGGAUUUAAGAAGCUCUAUAACUGAACCAGCAGCCUGAAGUUUAUUUCAGAUGGCACAACUCAACCUUCAGUAUAAGUAUAAAUUAUA